CCUACGAGGCAUAACCAAUAAUUGAAUCGAAUUGAAUAAUAAAGAAACCGCAUAAAUUCUGAAUACGUCUCCUUUCACACACAACCUUUCAUCUCAUAUCCCAAAUUCUCGAUUCACAUCCAUUCAAUCAAUCAAUCAAAUCUCCGAUUCGUUCGAAUCCACGCUCCGAUCGAAUGGAUCAACACCACUUCCUCCACCACCACUACCACCACCCUCAGGACCACCGCACCACCCGCUACACUUCCCUUAACCCUCAAUCGCAUCACCACCACCACCACCAUAGCAACCUCCCACCGCCGCCGCCAGCGCCGCCGCCGCCUCUCUCCUACCACCGCACCCUCCACGCGGCUCCCCUGUCGCAACCCUACACCCCUUCCACUCCCCAACCCCAACAGCAGCAGCAGCAGCAAUUCUCUUUCAACCACCACACAUCUCUCCCCCACCGCACCCUCGAAGACGAUUCACGUUCUCUCACCUACGACCUCCUUCCUCGCCGCACCACCGCCAUCCCCUGGAACCCUAACCCUAGAACUGAUGAUUUCGAUCGCGAAUUCCACCACCACCACCACCGCCCUCCCCCGCCGCCGCCUCCCCCGAUCGAAACCCUCCGCUAUGACCCUGGGCGCCGUGACCGCCUCGUGGUGGAUGCCUACGAGCAAAACCCCAGGGAGGCGCUCGCGUGGGGCGGCGGUGACUACCACGCGCCUAGCCAGGGCGACGUAGAGCCAGCACCCUACGUGCGCGUGUACAGCGUGGAAUGUGACACUGACGUGGCCGGUAGAGGGUCCCGGGUGGAGAGCAAGAGGUGGGUGAUGAGUGAUAGAGAGAGGGAGAGGGAGAGGGGAAGAGAGUUGCACGAGUCUUCUUCUAAUUUAGUUAGCAAGGGUAGUAACAGUGACAAAUAUUAUCAUGGUUCUGAUAAUGUGGAUAGGUAUAGUAGAGGGAAUAGUAGAGAGCGUGGUCAUGAAUUCGCACGUACUCCUCCUAAGAAACAGGUGCAGAAGAAGAGCGCGCUUCUUAGGAUUCAGACUGUUAAACCUAAUCAUAGGAACCGUGAGGUUGAGCAGUUACGGUACCCCGGUUAUGGACCUGAAGGUAGCAAUGGCUUUUUCAGGGGAAAGGAGCCAUAUUUGGCUCAUGGGGUGAAGGGGGAAGAGAGAGAAGGGAGCCCUGUUGAGAUUGAUAUCUCGUUUGAGUCCAAUUCUCUGGUGGCCAAGGCUAUUGUUGCGCCGCCUUCGAGUUCAGUGUCUGUUCCUGAUUUGAAUGUGACGCCGGUUUUAGAUUCGGAUUUGGGUUCUGGGGAGAAGAAUAAAAGGGUUUCGGGCUCUGAUGGCUAUUACUCUGGUUUGCAGCAGCCGUAUAGAAUGUCUUCCGUUGUGGUUGUGGAUUUAAAUAGGUCGCCUUGCAAAGGGAAUGAUAGGUCUGGUUUGAGGAAGGAGGUUAAUGUGCGGAAGAGUGUUAAGAAUAGUUCUUCUCGGUCUCGCACCAGGGAGGCUGAUGAUUCUCGUGGGAAAAAUGCGGUGCCAAAUUCAGUUAAAGCUGGCAAUGUCUGUUCUGGUAAAUCGACCAUAACGGUUGUCAAGAAGAAGAGAAUUGUUAAGAGAAUGGUGAAGAGGAAAGCUUGUUUAAACUCUAUGACAUCUGUGCCGAAUUCACUGCCGGCAGAAAGGCUUCCUGGAACCGUGGAAGUCGAGAGUGCUGCACUGGUUUCGUCAACGGCCUCUAAUCCUGAGAAAAUUGAAGCUAAUUCAGAUGAGAAAAGCAACAUCGUUGAGGAAGUGCCAGACUGUUUACAUUCUUUGCCAAAGGAAGGUAAUGUAUUGAAAGAAGAUAAAGAGGGAGGUUUACCGCAGCUGAGUUUGGGGCCAGAUUCCACAUCGCAAGAUUGUGAGAGUGACAAAGAUUCUGAUAAUAGGGAAGUAUCCAGGUUUGAAAUUGAAAGAGAUGGAAACAUUUCAAAAUUUCCAUCUCGUGCUUCUAGUAGUGAAGAUAAGAAGAGUGAUUCAGGUUGUUUAGAUGUUAAUAAUGAUGUCUUUGAUAAUGGAAAUAUUAUUUUUAUGCAUGAUAAUGCAAAUACUUCCGAUUGUUUAGGUGCAAAUAAUUCUGUUCCAGGUACUGACACGGUUACUGAAUUCUUAAGUGGGAGUACUAUUUCUGAAGUCAAUCACAUGGAUUAUGGUAAUAAGCAAUUAAGUCAGAAUGAAGGGUCUCUAUCAGUUGGGAAUUAUUCAAAUGUACAAUCCCCACUGAAUAACAAUCUUGUAGAUGCAGGGGAUGAAAUAUUAAAAACCAGCGAUACUUUUUCGAGUUCAAGAAAAAUUAGGAUUCAAGAUGGUCUAGAUUGCCUACAACAUUCCAGUGCACUGAAGCAAGGCUCUGAUAAUGGAUCAUCUAAUUUAGAAGAUUGUAUUGUUCACGGCUCUGGUAUCAUGCAUGAUGCUGGGAACCAAUUGGCCCAUGGUGAUGUCACCAUGCACCCUGAGAAUUGUGAGACAGAAAAAACAUUCCCAGAUUCUAAUAUUUUAGCUGGAUCUGGUGAAGGGAACACAAAGAAGAUAAAAAAGAGAAAAGCUAGAACACAAUUAAAUAUUUUGAGUUCAGAGAUGGAGUCCUUAUCUCCAGAUCAUGUAAAUCCUGUUAGCCUUGCUAAUAAUGUGGAUGGAGGCACGGGUCUAAUGUCGAAAGAUCCAUCUGCUUCUAUAGUUUUAGAUCAGUCUGUUCAAAACGAUGUUGACUCAAUAACUGGUUUGGAUGGGGUUACUGCUUUACAUGAGGAAGGGGAGUUUUUAGAGACUCAGUUUUAUGCUGCAAAUAACAACAAUGAUGAUGCAAAUGAGGUUUCACCAUCUUCUAAAAGGAAAAAAGUCACAGCUAACCCAAAUUUCACUCAAUGUCAAUCAGAAAUCAGUGCUGUUAUUGUGGUUACCACCACAUCUGAUGUGGAAACUCCAGUCAAUCUCAAUGAUAACCAAGAACAUCAGAAAGAAUUUGCUUUGUCAAGCAUGGGUAUGUGCAUACCGUCUUCUGUUCAGUCAAUGCCUUAUUCAGAGAGUAUUACCAAAAUGUCUGACAAUAUUUUUAGUGGAGGAUCUUUUGACUCUACUGAUGCAAAUAGGGAAACCAUGAGUUCCGAGUAUUCGGAAUUACAACACUCAGACAUAGUCUCUUUUUCACCAUGUGAGGACUUGGCAUUUCAAAACGAUCACUUCUCACCAUUGGAAGGUGAGUGCAAAGAAAACAUUACUCCGGUUGUGCUUGUGAGUAAUACUCAAAUUGGUGUUUUAGGUGUUGGAAAUACAUUGGGAGAAAAGACUGAUUUACAGGCCGUUAAGGGAAAUUAUCAAUAUAGAGACUUUGUGCAAAGGUCACCAAGACCUGACAUGGAACCUAAUGAUCUCAAUGUUAAGAAUGAUUUGCUUGCUCAGCAGAACCUUAUGUCCUGUCCAACUAGUGGUGAUGAAGUCACUACAAGUAAUUCGAAUGACGAAUUCAUUGUGGAUGCACCUGGCGCAUUAUCAGAUAUCUUUUCUCAAGGGAUGGCAUCUGAAGUACCGGAUAGAAGGUCUUUAGAAUUCACAGCUAUCAAUGAUGAAAAUAUUUGUGGGGUUGAAGAAAAUACUUCGUCGGUACAUCAGACGAUACAGAAUAGUAGGUCAGAUAGUGCAUUUGGACACAGUAAUAUGAUAACAAAGAAAACAAUUUCAGAACCAUCCCAAGUUUCUUCCAAAGUUACAACUCAGGCUCUAAAUUCAUAUCGUUUUGGGUUGAGUGGGACCAAAAAUCAGUCAGGUAGUGUCAUUCCCAAAACUUUUCCAGGUCAUUCUUUUACCUUUUUGAAGUCGGAGACGAAGACAUCUGCCUCUUCAACUCAUGUGUCAAAGCCUCGAACUUGGCAUCGGACAGGUAAUAAUCCCCCUAUUUCUGUACCUAGAAUCAAUUCAGUAAGAACAGUUCCUCCCAAAAGGCCAAUUCUGGAAAGGAAAGGGAACUUUCAAAAUACCUCGUAUGUUCGUAAAGGAAACAGUCUUGUAAGGAAACCUACCCCAGUUCCUGCUCUACCUCAAAUCUCCUCUGUUAAUAAGUCAUCUUCUUCGGGCUUUGGUGAAAUAUCAAAAAGCACUAAAUCUGAAAGCAGGGCUGACGUGACAGAUCAACCAAUGUACCUGAGAGCAGGAGCAACAUAUUCUCAGCAGAGGCAGAGGCAGAGAACACCUCCACUACCAAUUGACACCAAAUCAGAGGAAAAUACAUCUUCCUCAUUGGUAGAACCUUCUGGUGGUUCCUGUGAAAAUGUAUCUGAUCCUAAAACAUUUAUAGAAAUUAAUAAUAAUGCACAGAACUCUUCUGAAGAUGCACUGAAGCAUUGUGAAAUUCUAGAAAACCAACCUGUUCCAUCCGAUAAUGGGGAGAGUCAAGUUGAAGUAAACGAAGGCAAUCCUCUUUCUUUGAAUACGAAGAGAAUAGUAUAUAUAAAGCCCAAAACAAAUCAAUUGGUUGCAACAUCAAAUUCGUGUGAUGUGUCUGUCUCCACUGAUGACAAUGGCCAAACUGCCUUCUCUGAUGGCUACUACAAGAGAAGAAAAAAUCAAUUGGUUAGGACUACAUUUGAAAGCCACACCAACCAAACUGCUGUAGUGCCUAAUGGCAUGGCAAAUUCUGAUGGACAAGGAACUAGUAAUGCUCUUUGCAAUACGAGGUUUAGUAAGAAGCGGUUACAUAAGGCUGUCAGGAGUUCAUGCAAACGUUCAAGAGCCUCACUAGUGUGGACACUCUGUAGCAAAAAUUCUUCUGAACAUGACAGGAAUUCACGUCAUAAUCAAAAGGUUUUACCUCAAUUGUUUCGAUGGAAAAGAGCAACAUUUGCUUCAAGCUUCAACAGCAGUUCCGUAUCUGCAAUCAGCAAAAAAUUGCUUCAAUUGAGAAAGAGGGAUACUGUUUACACUAGGUCAAAACAUGGGUUUUCACUUUGGAAAUCCAGGGUUUUAGGUGUUGGUGGUUGCAGUUUGAAAUGGUCCAAAUCCAUUGAGAAGAACUCAAAGCAAGCUAAUGAGGAAGCCACACUUGCUGUUGCUGCUGUAGAGAGGAAGAAGAGAGAGCAGAAAAAUGCGGUUUGCAUCAGUUCUCAGUCAAAGAGUAGGAAGCAUUCUUUCCAUGAGAGUUCGUCAUAUCAUAGUGCCGACAACUCUGUUUUUGUGCUCUUAAAAAUCUAUGCUUCAUGUAUUAAUUAUCUGUCAGUUACUCUGACUUUGAAAGUAGUGGUUGAAUGUGCAGGAGAGCGUAUAUUUCGUAUUGGCUCAGUUCGUUACAGAAUGGAUCCCUCCAGGAGGACACUCCAGAGGAUUUCAGUCGAUGAAUCCCAGUCCUCAGGAUCUACCAGUUCAGGUUUGGCUUCCAAAAGUGCUUACAUUCCAAGGAGAUUAGUGAUUGGAAACGAUGAAUAUGUACGAAUUGGAAAUGGUAACCAGCUUAUCAGAGACCCAAAGAAACGAACUCGAAAAUUGGCAAAUGAAAAAGUUAGAUGGAGCUUGCACACAGCCAGACAGCGGUUGGCUCGAAAGCAGAAGUAUUGUCAGUUUUUUACCAGAUUUGGGAAAUGUAAAAAGGAUGGAGGGAAGUGUCCUUAUAUUCAUGAUCCUUCAAAAAUUGCUGUCUGUACUAAGUUCCUGAAUGGUUUAUGUUCUACUCCCAACUGCAAAUUAACGCACCAGGUUAUUCCAGAGAGAAUGCCAGAUUGUUCUUAUUUUUUGCAAGGUUUAUGCUCAAACAGUAAUUGUCCUUAUAGACAUGUCAAUGUGAACCCCAAUGCAUCUAUUUGUGAAGGAUUUCUCAGGGGAUAUUGUGCUGAUGGAAAUGAGUGUCGGAAGAAGCACAGCUAUGUCUGUCCUACUUUUGAAGCAACAGGAAGCUGUACUGAAGGAUCCAAAUGCAAACUUCAUCACCCCAAAAAACAAAGCAAGGGAAAGAAAAGGAAGAGAUCUGGAGAUCAGAACAAGACCAGAGGACGUUAUUUUGGUUCUAUUCCUGCAGCUGAUGUUUCUGAAUCUGGGAUGAUGGUUGCUCCAAACCGGCAUAAACAAAGUAGUGAAAUUGAAGAGGAACUGUCUGACUACAUCAGCCUUGAUGUUAUGAGUGAAGAAGUGGCAGACACCGAUGAUCUAUCAUUUGAUCCAGCAGAGUUGUGUGAGAAUGACUCCUUGGAUGAUCUUGAUGAACUCAUUAAACCAGUUCUUUUAUUGAAAACAAAGUUCACAUCACAAUCACCUGACUCAUAUCUUCCACGCAAGUGGUGGAGACUUAGGUCCUUUGUUAAUGAGGUAAUUUAGGUAGUAUACAGCUCCCUUUUCCCCUUAAAUUUUUUUCCCAUUUGUUUUGAAUGCAUAGCUUAAGUGUAACUAAAAAAUUUAUUACCCCCCUCCCCUUAGUUUCUUUUUGCGGAUUUACCAUUGUACAAUAACAUCUGGAGUAAUAUAGAUACAAAUUUUCUUCUCCCACUACCUCA